AUGCGAUACGUGCCGUGUCUCUUUUCUCUUGCAGCCCACACACUCAUCUGCUUUUCGUGCUCUGAUGCCUCCUCCAACUGGGCCUGCCUGAAGCCUGUCAAGUGUGGGGAGAAUGAGAACCACUGCGUGACGACGUACGUCGGAGUGGGACUCGGCGGCAAAUCCGGCCAGUCCAUCUCCAAGGGCUGCUCCCCCAUCUGCCCCAGCGCCGGGAUCAACCUGGGAAUCGCGGCCGCCUCCGUCUACUGCUGCGAUUCCUUCCUGUGCAACAUCAGCGGCUCCAGCGGCGUCCGGGCCAGUUCCACCCUCCUGGCCCUGGGGAUCCUCGUGAGCUUCUUCUUCGUCCUCCGGGCUCGAGAGUGACGGGGUUGGCCGAGGCAGAGCCACCUCCUGGAGGCCCCCUCAUGGGUCUCACCAGCCAAUAUCUUCUCUGUCGCUGUCUGCAAGGAGAUCCUCCACUUCUCAGCGGGCUUCCGAGGCCGUCGUUUCCCAGACUUUCUGCUCUUCCAAGCGUCGGAGCCGUGGGCGGUUCAGCCGAGCUGUUUUCUCUCUCUCUCUCUCUUCCCGUGGACAAACCCCGCUGCGUCCUCGCACCUCCUUGGCCAAGGUGGAUCGUUUUGGAAGGGUUUUCUGCUUUUCUACCUAAUAAAUAACCUCCCCCCUCGUUUCUAAGGUCGGUUAAAAGCAGGCUGGGACUCGCCAAGAUUAACCCCCCACAGCACCACCAGGUGAAGAGCUCAGACUUUCCUGCCUCUCUCCUGGCUCCAGCACGUGGGUGGCACCACGGGCUUUGGGAAUGCAUGAUCCAAAGGGAGACACAUUCCUGGCCCCCCCUCCCACCCCCUUGCAGCUGCAGUCUGUCUUUUUAUAGAAUAAUUUCGUUUCUUCUGAAUCCUGGGCUGACUUUUUCUGGAAAAAGAGUGACCUGUACCUUGUCCUUCUCAGCUCUGUAAGUGCCAGACCUGAAUAAACAUGCUCCUGUUGGUACCUACGGUGGGAUGUGUGCUGUGUUUCCUUGCCCCAGGCAGAGAUUAGGAAUUCUCUUAUGGAAAAUCCAAACCUUUGGGCCUCUCACCCUCCUGAGCAGCUUUUGAGAGCUUCAUUUCAACGUUCCCUUUCACCUCUGAGCAGCAAGUGCAUCUCUCCUCCCUGUUGCUGUCCUUGCUGAUUAACCCUCCUGGGCCUGCUUGCCUCAGCUCUCUCGGGAAUCGCUUUUUCCAGGUGAAUUUUAUUGAAAAAAUGCCAGGUUUUGAGGGCUGAAUCAACCCCAGUGGAGCAAACACAGCAGGAGCAGGACCUCUGGAAGUUCAUCUGCAUCUUACAAAGACUUGGUGCCUCAGUUUCCCCAACUUUGGACUUGUGAUGGUGAGAGACAACAACGCGGAUCCCUAAAAGAACCGGGUCUGUCUGCAAAAUUCAGUGGAGUCACAGGCCAAGAUCCCAAUAUUCAGAUCUCUGGACUUGACCUUCAAUGCCUGAUGGUGCACAUGGACCUACUGGGGGUGACUUCAUCUUUCCUGCUGUCCCCUCAGCUCCCAGGAUCUUCCCAGCAUUGCUCCUGGAAGUUCUGAGCUGUCCCACGGGAGAUUUGUCCUCCUGCCAUCUCUGUGUCAUCCGUCCUGCCUGCUUUGCUCACCUGUGGACCUGCCAGAUGCAAAACCAAGCCAAAAUUCAGCCUUAAAGUUCCAGUUGAAAGCUUGUUGUCACUUCCACUGGUUGAUCAGAGGUGCACUGGGGUUUUUUUUUCUUCUUUCUAGCAGCAAAAAUCAGGUGGUUGGCGCUCCUUGGCCCUGCCUUCCUUGUGGUUCUCCUGUUUUGUGUCAAAAUCCAACCUAAAGCUCCACACACUGUUCAAUUUUAUCUCUGUCCCCUCUUAAAUGAGUUGCUAAACAGCUUCUUUUGAAAGAUGGUGUAGAAAUAUUGGCAGCAGAGGUGGUUCCAUGGUUUUUAACCCCUCCUUCCCCCCGUGUUUUAAUUAAAUGACAUGUGUUAAUGACAGGCUUCCCGACAGGAGGGACCGGUCGUGAGGAUGUGACCUGCAAUUAAUGAGGAGUUUGGGAAGGAUGAAUCACAUGUGUGGGUCCUCAGAUGUGCCUUCCUCUGGGUCAAUCAUCCUCCCUCACCUCCUGGGACCUGCUGGGGCCAUGGGGCCCCACAAACCUCUGCUAUGCACGUGGAGCACAGGGAAAACUGGGGAAAAACUUCCUAAAAAUAAGGUGAACGUUCCCCAGCUUCCCUGUGCCUCGGCCUUCCUCCCAGGAGGGUUCCAAACCUCCUUGCUUGGGUUAAUUUGUUCCUCAGCACUUGGCUGUGACACCGAGGUGGCACCCAGGGUGCUCUGCCUUGAAAUGAUGGGGCUGUGACUCUUUUCUGGCCACCUGAUAACAGGUUUGGGGGUCGAUUUUGGACUUAAAACGCCUCUAAGAAAGAGCUAAACUUCAAGCCAUGAGCACAGCUGUGUCCUAAAGCCUGGCCAGUCCUUUAGGAGGCUCCUGAAGGUGCCAAACUGGACAAACCUGAAGCCACAAGAUCUGGUUGUCUCUUCCAAAAGCCAUUUCCUUCCUAUCUCAGCGUUCCAGGGGCUGCCGGUGCCAAGGAUUUGGUUCUGAAGGGGGGCAAAGGCUGGUGGGAGGAGCAUUCAGAGGCUGCUUAUCCCAUAAAAUAACAAUUUAUAUUAAUGACAUUGCCAGGGGACAGAGCUGAAGGUCGUUCACUAGUGGUUUUGAGCUAUAAAUGAUGGAUAAAUUGCAUAUUUUGGAGAUUUGUUUUCCCUCUUCGCUCCCUUUCUGUCUGCCCUCCUCAUGUGCUGUAAUCCUUAUGGAAAAAAGAGAUAUUUUCAGUUUUGAACACAUGUGCAAAGAUCUCUUUGACAGAUUAAAGUAUGUUUGAGAGAGGGAGGGUGUGACAGCUCAUCACAGUUUAAUCCUGAGCAUUUUAUCACCAAUUCUUCCAAACCUCCCAUUUUCUGCUCCUGCCACAGAGGGUUUUUUUUGCCCCCAAAAUCCCCAGAAUGAGAAUCCAUGUGAGAACCUCAGCUGUUGUAAAGCCCAGGAGGGGAAAAAGGCCUGAAAAUGGGCAGCUGAAGUGAUUAAAAACAUUAAUAAUAAGACAAUAAACAGGAAGAACCCGGCGUUUAUAAAGUGAUAAAACCUGUGGGUUGAUGAACCAAGUGCCGGAUUUGGAACUUGAGGGCCGUGGUGGGACAGCCCUGAAGUGCUUUGGAGGUGUUUAUGUGGACUUUGGAAUUAAGAGACAGAAAUCUGAGCGGAAAACUCGGAUAUUCACCUCUUCCUACAGGACAAGAGGUUACGAGGGGAGGCAGCUUUGCUCCCUAGAAGCCUAAAA